CCGUGGUGGGGAACACAGCAUCUCGACACACACACCUGUACUGUGUGUGGCAGGUGUUGAUUAGCCUUACCUGGAGUGAGUUAUUGUGAGUAACCAGCUUCUGAGGUGUGAGUGACCAGCCUCUGAGGAGUGAGUGACCAGCUACUGUAAAGAUUUCCGUGAGUUAUCAGCCUUUGAAGAUCUUAAGAGUGACACCGCUAAUUCACGUAAAAAACACAAAUGAAAAUCAAAUAAUUUACAUAUUUACGUGGACAAAAUCUUACUGUAAUAAAAAGGUGUAAAAAAAAGUGAAAAAAGUUAAUGAUAAAAAAACGAUAACAAUGAAUCCGGAUUUAUGCUAUCGUAGGGAUAUCUUGAUGGGGUUACACCUAACCUGCCAAGAGAGAUGAUAUAAAACAUGCUAUUAACGUGAUAUAAGACCUGUGUGUGUGUCAGGGCGCCAUCAUGCAGACGGCCUACGCGCGUAUGGUCUAUGAUCGCCACCAACACAGGAUACAGCGGCGAGAGGGAAGCGCUGUUGGGGAAGGGAGGAGGACCACCUUGAACUUAAAACACCUUCUUCAGGAUUUGUGUCGACGCUUGAUUGCUUUCCUCUUUACGCAGGUUGGUGUAUGUGGACUGGUCGUCGCGUACAACAUCGUCGGCGCCUUCGCCUUCAGGGCUAUUGAAGGAGAUUUCGGAGACGCUGGACCUGAGGAAACGGCCUUACAGCUCCGGGAGGAUAUGGUCAGACGCCUUUGGAAUGUCACCCUACGACUGAACAUCCUGGAGGAGGCCCAGUGGAGGGAUGCGGUGGUAGACGCCCUUCAGGAGUACCAAGGUCAUAUGGUGCCCUUAAUCAAGACCAGAGGCUACAGAGGUAUUCAUCCCCGUCAGGCUUGGUCCUUCAGCGCCUCCCUCAUGUAUUCUCUAAGCGUCUACACUACUAUAGGCUACGGGAACAUGACGCCACGGACAGAUUGGGGUAAACUUGCCACCAUCUUAUACGCCAUCGUGGGCAUGCCUCUAAUGCUCCUCUAUAUGUCAAACGUUGGGGAGAUUUUGGCUCAAGUCUUCAAAUUUGUUUAUUUCCGGGCCUGCAGGUGUGACAUCGGCUCUCUGGGUUACUACAGGUCAGGUAGCGGCACCAUUAGACCCGUAACAGCUGCCAACAACCGUCAUAACAAGCAGGAGCAGCAGCAGAAGGGGGAGAAGCAGGCAAGACGUACCAUCCCUAUCACCUACUGUCUUCUCGUCAUCGCCAUCUACGUGUUGUGUGGCGGGAUAAUCUUCUCACAGUGGGAGGAAUGGGUGUUGCUGGAUGCUUGCUACUUCGCUUACAUCUCCCUCAGCACUAUUGGCUUCGGUGAUUUGGUUCCCGGGAGGACGGUGGCUGGACGUGACGAUAACGAGGAAGUGGAGACUCAGCAAAUCAUCUGUACUGUUUAUCUUCUGGUGGGGAGCGCCCUUGUGGCUAUGUGUUUCAAUCUCAUGCAGGAGGAGACGAUCGAGAACCUGAAGGCCUUCUGGAGGAAACUGGGAUGCCUGAGGAAGGAGAAGAGGAGUAAGACGAGAGAAGACAUUGAAAGGUUGUCUAGUAUCGGGGGAUGAUGAUGGGAGGUGAUAGGACCCCAAUGAGAGGGACUUGUUGCAUCGUCAGGAAGGUGUUAUGGGGAGUUGAAAUACAUCGUCAGGAAGGUGUUGCAUCGUCAGGAAGGUGUUGCAUCGUCAGGAAGGUGUUAUGGGGAGUCGAAAUACAUCGUCAGGAAGGUGUUGCAUCGUCAGGAAGGUGUUGCAUCGUCAGGAAGGUGUUGCACCGUCAGGACGGUGUUGUUGUGGGCUCUCCUCCUCCCGCCUUUCAGAAUACAUCUCCGUGUGUCUUGACUCCAAUCAUACAGCGGGAUCCUGGAGGCUGUACCGAGAGCAGUCAUCCAUCACCCACUGACUGCCUGAGUUAAGGAAAUUCUAGUGUAACUGUUCCAAUAGUUCCACACUUACUGACUGUCAUGUUGAGGUGUGUGAUAGUCUGACAGAACAAUUGACUGUAUAAAACAAGGAACAAUAUAACUGGAGGUUGGCUUCAUCUUGUACUGUUAUCAGCGACUGUAACCAAAACAGUUUCUGUAUCAACAUAACUGUUAUCUGGGUCAUUACGGGAUACAGUCAGUAAACACCAGUCACCAGUUUUCCGUGAUCGUAGGGAAACUUGUGUGUGUAUACCAAUUCGUGUGUGUAUCAACGUUAUGUGUACAGCCAAUCAGUUCUAAAGAGACUUAGUGUAUGUGAGAAAAGUGACUUAUAGUGAGUAUACUGAAGAGACUAAUAGUGUACAUUACCCAUCAGAAUCAUUUUACCUGUAUGCAAAUUAGCCAUCAGAAAGAUUCAAUUACUUCACCUGUAUGCAAAGGUAUCAAUAAA